AUGAGUGACCUAGGCGGGCAAGGCAGGGCAGACGUGGUGGACCUCACCCCUACCGAGGCGGCCAACAAUGGAUCACCGUCUCGGAGAGGGUCCGCGGCCUCUGUUGCAGCAGAUCCGAAGCAACCUUCAGCGGACAAUGAUGCCGACCUUCUGGCCGAGCAACGACGGGAGUCUACAUCUUCGUUCGCGGCACCCUCGUCAGGGGGGAAUGAUUCCAUGGGAUCUUUGCCCAGGGAUGGAGAAAUCGGCGGGGUGAGCUCAACAGCAGGUGCCCCUCGAAAAGAAUCCUCGGUUAGCUUUACAGCUGUAGCCGUGGUAGAGGGUGAGGCGGAAAGCUACAUGGAUGUGGUGGCGUGGAUAAAGGAGCAUUUGGUCCUGCCGGAGUUUGUACCAGAAAAGCACUGGCGCCAAGAACACGACGAGAUUGUGAUCGCCUUUGCAAAGGGCGAGUCUGGCUUUCGUCUGUUUGCCGCCAUUGUGGGGGACGAACUCGUGGUGGCCAGCAACCCGGCCAAAUUCACUUCCCCGGAAGGAAUUUCCAUGCCCAAGGUGGCCAACUACUUUGUUAGGCCAGAAGGAGCGACUCUUACCCCAGCCACUUUGAAGGAUGUUCAGUACGGUCUAAUAAGCGGGCAGGCGGUGCACUCUCUGCUGCAGCUUCUCCACGGCGUCUUCUCUCCAAAAGUGUUCAAGCGGCAAGUGGGUUGGCCGGAGAGCGUGAAGAACGACCUGACGGGUCACUUCCACCGGUUCAUGGCAUCCCUCGUUGAAAUGUCGAACCAGGCGAAAGGGAAGACGGUCAUGUACCUCCCGGCGGACAUGAUGGAGAUCGGCGAGAUAUCGGUGGCAGCAAAGGAUAAAGACCUCGUUCAGCACCUGGAGAGCAUCGUGAUUCACUGGACGCGCCAAAUCAAAGACGUUGUCAACAACCACGACAACGCUCUGAGCGCCGAGAUUCUCGGCCCCCUCGAAGAGAUAGAGUUUUGGAGAUGCCGCAUGGUGGACCUGAGCGGCAUAUCUGAGCAGCUGCUCCGGCCGGACGUCCAGGUAGUUGUAUCAAUCCUUGAUACAGCCAACUCGAGCUACUUGGCGCCCUUCAAUGUGCUGAGCCAAAGGAUCAAGGAGGGGAGCGUGGAGGCCAACAACAACCUCAAGUUUCUCGAAAGCAUCACCACCCCUUGUCAGAACUUGACGAUGGCGAAGCCGAAGGAAAUUCCGGCUCUACUUCCGGGUCUGUUGAGCUGCAUACGCAUGAUCUGGAACCUCAGCAAGUUCUACAACACCGAGGAGAGGUUGACGGGGCUGCUCAGGAAGAUAUCAAACGAGAUAAUCCACCGGUGCUGCGCUGAAAUCGACCUGGGGGCUAUCUUCGACGGCGAUAUCGACGCGGCCAUGACGGUUCUGAACGAGAGUCGCGCGUGUGGUGUUGAAUGGAAGGCGGUGUAUCGGCGAACGGCACUGUUGGUUCGAAGAAGCACUCCCGAACCUUCGCGGCACUGGGACUUUGACGAAGCUUCCAUUUUCGCACAGAUCGACGCCUUUGUCCAGCGGUGCUCGGAGCUGCUCGAGGUUUGCGAGAGCCAGAUACAGCUGGCGAGGAAAACGAUGGGAGAGGGUGGGGAAUCCGGAGCACUGCCGGAGUUCGGGGGAACUCGAGGACAAGAGAUCACGAAGGCCCUCCUCGGCAUCCAAGACUCGUUCGAGGCUCAGAUCGACAAGCUUCGAAACCUUGACUACACCGUGCUGGACGUGACGACGUCAAGAUGGCAUGACGACUACAACUCCUUCAAGGAUGUCGUCAAGGACUUGGAGGUCAUGUACACGAACGUCAUCAACACGGCAUUCGAGGGCAUCACGAGGAUUACCGAUGCGGUGGCCUUGCUUGAGAUCUUCUACACCCUCGCAAGGCGUGAUGCCAUCAAGCAGGCUUGCCUCAAGAAGACAGCGUACACCUACAUGCUCUUCGUCAGGUAUGUGGAAGGCCUUCGGCACGAGUUCGACGAGAAUCGGCGGCGCCCCCCCCUACGUCCGAACGAGCCUCCCUUUGCCGGCUCGGCGGUGUGGGCGCACUCCCUGGCCCGGGGGGUAGAGGAGGCGUGGUCCCACCUGAAGAACUGCAGACACAUGGCCAAGGCCAUGGCGAGCGACGAGGCCGAAGCCGCGCUUUGUUUGGGGGCUUGCAAGGAGGCCCAAGCGGCCUACACGGUCUUCGUUACCGUCAUCGGCGACUUCAAGGCCAACAGGUACCAGGCGUGGGUGGACCACCUGAACUCAGUCAUCGAAGUCAUGCCCCUUGGCGUGAGGUUGGACGUACCUCUCCUGAGAAGGGCAGACACCGACCCAAGGGUUCAGACGCAGCAGCAGAAACAGCUGGCGGCAGCUGGCAAGGGGCAUCAAUCCUCGGGCCAGCCCUCCGCAGCGGCGGGGGCCGGAAAAGUCGGUGCCGGAACGGUCACGGCAGCAGUCGGGGGAGGGACGGGAAGGGCUGGCCACCUCCAUAACCAGCACUUGGUCUGUAAUUUCGACCUGGACUUACUCGCACUCUUCUCUGAGGUUAGCCACUGGGAGAAGUUCCAGGGCGAAUUCUCGGUUCCCUACGCGGCCCACGACAUUUGCAACCAGAGAGAGAAGCUGCGGGAGCAACGAGAGCACGUCAUGCUGGUGGUUCGGGCAUACAACAGUAUUCUGAACGAACUAGACCCGUCUGAGCGCAAGCUAUUUUCGGACAACAUCCGUCGCCUGGACAAACGGAUACACCAAGGAAUGACAAAACUUACUUGGAGUUCUAAAGGCAUUGUGGAGUUCUAUGUCCGCGACUGCUGCAACCAUGCCGCCGAGACGAGAGAGAUCGUUAAAGGAGUCCACAAACAGAAGGAGGCCGUCGUCAGGCAGUGCCGCAUGCUGGCCGGUCUGCAGCUGACAAGGAUAGACAAGAACGCCGUCUACGACGACAGGGAGUUCGCGAAGCAGCAGGCCGAUCACUGUGUGGGCGUGCGCCGCAAGAUGGAGUGGGCACACGAUAUGGUGCUAACGUCGAUGCGGGAGAUCUUCGCCUGCUUCGAGGGCGGUUCGAGCGAGGUCAAGCGGGAACGAAGGGCGCUCAUUGCCCAAACUGACAACAACAUUGAGUUGUCCCUCCGAAACACGGUCAAGAAAUCUCUGCAGCAGCUAUCGAAGGCUAUCAACGGAGACGCCAAGACCGAACCUCAGACUCUCUUCAAGGUAAACAUUGUGCUGGAGUCGGCGCAAGUGGACUACCGGCCGACCAUGAUCAACCUGACCCACGUCAUCAACAUCGUCACGAAGGAGCUCAUGGGCACCAUCAAGGCUGUCUCUCGCGUUCGAGACGCCCUGGGCGACAAUCCCAACCCAAACGCUACCGGUGUCACUGGCGCGAAGAAACCCACCGCUACAGCUACCGCCGCAAUCGCCACUGGCGCUGCCGAUGCCGCUAAAGAAGCGCAUCCUGUGGUGGAAGGGGAGGGGGGAGCGGAUGCACCGGCAGGCGCGGGGCAAGCGGCGGGGGAAGGGGGCGGGGGUGAAGGGGACGCAGCUGUGGCGGCAGGAGCUGCAAGUGCGGGGGGGGACAUGCUGCCUGUGGCUCAGGUGGUUGUACCCUCUUUCUACAACAUCAUCAGCAACGACGAGGACAUCCUGAAGAUCGUGGUACAAGUCAUGAACGGCAUGAGCGCCAGCGCGGCGGAGCUUCAGAAAUACCUGUCCUACUGGGACAAGUACAAGUACAUCUGGGAGAACGACAAGGAUGGGUUUAUCCGGCGAUACGCGAAGGCCAACAGAGGGCUGGCCCAGUUCCAGGCUGACAUUGCCAGAUACCGCGAGCUCCAGGCCGACAUCGUGCAGGAGGAGUCGUCCCAUAUUAUCAACUUCAUCAAGAUCGACUGCACUCAGCUCAAGACUGCCCUGGUUGGCCACUGCUCGCAAUGGCAGGGCAAGCUUACUGGCCUUCUCAACCAGAACGCCAUGGUCGAGCUACGUGGGCUGCACGAGCUGUUUGAGACCUCCACCGCUCGAUUGAAGGUGCCACCUCUGAACCUUGAUCACCUGAGCGAGAGCUGGAAUCUGCUGGAGACAAUGAAGAAGGACGUCCCGACUAUCGAGGCCAAGUUCGGACCUCUGGAGGAGACAUACGCGAUCCUGGCCAAGUUCGAGGUGUCGGCUUCGGAGGAGGAGCAGACUAUGCUGCAAGACCUCCAGCAGGCUGGUGAAGAUUUCAAGGAGAUGCUGAAGGAAGUCGAGCAGAUGCUAAACAAGUGCAAGGUCAACAUGAAGAGAGACCUGGAGAAUAGCAUCACCAACUACAACGAGUCCGUUCUAACGGUGCACCAGGACGCCUCGACAUUCCUGCCUUACGGCGGAGACGUAAAACCUGAAGAAGCGUUCAAGAUCAUCGAGGAGUACAAGGUCAAGGUUGAAGCUGUUCGCGCCACACAGGCGAGUAUGCAAGCGGGGCUCGACGUGUUCGCCAUGGACUCGCCCGAGCACAAGGAGCUCAAGGAAGUAGAGCGAGACUUGAACCUCAUGGAGCAGAUUUGGACUGUUUCCAAAGAUUGGGAAGCGGCGUGGGACGGUUGGAAGACAGGCCUUUUCACCGAUCUCGACGUUGAGGAAAUGGAGAAUGCAGCCGGGACCUUUACCAAGAAGAUCGGCAAGCUAGGCCGAGACAUGAAGAAGUGGAAGGUGUGGGAGGCAAUGAAGGAGAAGGUCGAGCAAUUCCGGCAGACUAUGCCUUUGAUACAGGAUCUGAAGAACCCGGCCUUGCGGCCACGACACUGGGACGCGCUUAGAUCCGAGCUCGGCAAGAACUUCAAUCCGGAGGCGUCAGACUUCAACCUGGAAGGCGUUUUCAGCCUGGGUCUGCACAACCUCGCCGACUUCAUCGGGGAACUUAGCACCAACGCCAACAAAGAGCUGGGCAUCGAGCAGAGCUUGGUGGACGUGGAAAAUCGAUGGAAAGAUGUGGACAUCGACAUGGGCGAGUACAAGGACAAGUACUACAAGAUCAAGAGUACAGAGGACCUGUUCCAGGUGCUAGAGGAGGACAGCGUUCAGCUCUCGACCAUUAAGGCCUCCAAGUUCUACAAUUCCUUCUCGGAGAAGAUUGACAAGUGGGAGAAGGCCCUCAACGGCGUGUCAGAAACGGUGGAGCUCAUCCUCAACGUGCAGAAGAAGUGGAUGUAUCUUGAGUCGAUUUUCAUGGCCAGCGAGGACAUCUGCAAGCAGCUGCCCAGAGAGUCCGCAAUAUUUAUGGAGGUGAACGCCGAGUUCAGCUGCCUCACGGAAGAGAUCUUCAACAACCCCAACGCGAUACGGGCUUGCUGCUCGGACCCCAAGAUGAUGGAGAAGACCACGGCCAUGGAUUCGAACCUGGAGGUUAUCCAAAAGAGCCUCGACCAGUACUUAGAAACCAAGAGAAAACAAUCCCCCAGGAUGGUGUUCCCGCGGUUUUACUUCGUGUCGGACGACGAUCUACUGGAGAUUCUGGGCCAGUCCAAGGACCCCGAGGCCGUGCAGAAGCACCUCAAGAAGUGCUUCGAGGGGAUCAAGGACAUCCACCUCAUCCCUCCAGGCAAGCACACGAACAAGACCUGGGAAGCAUCUGGAUUGACGUCCCCAGACGGCGAGACUGUGGAGCUAGCCUCCAACCUCAUCGUCGAUGGUGCCGUAGAGAUGUGGUUGGCGGCACUGGAAAGCGCCAUGCAGACCGCUCUGCAGAAGCUUCUGGCGAGCUCCUUGCAGGCGUACAAGGGCAAAAAGGACAAGUGGGUGAAGGAGUACCAAGGGCAACUGUUGAUCUCUACGGGGGCCGUUCAGUGGACCACAGACUGUUCCAAGGCGCUCAAUGCCAUUUCGGGCGGCAACAAAACCGCCCUCAAAGCCCUCAAGAAGAAACAGGUUGGAUAUCUCAACAAAAUGUCGGACAUGGUUCGAGGGCAACUGACGAAGAUCGAGCGCAACAAGCUGGUGGCUCUCAUCACCAUGGAGAUCCACAACCGGGAUGUGAUGGAGCGGAUGAUCAAGGCCGGCUGCGCGGCCACUUCCGAUUUCGAGUGGUUGUCUCAGCUUCGCUUCGUGUUUUCGAGAGAGGAUGGUCCCUUCGGCAUGGUCUCCGUAAGGCAAACCAAUUGCCAGCUCGAGUAUUCCUACGAGUAUCAGGGAAACAACGGUCGGCUCGUUGUCACGCCGCUGACCGACCGCUGCGUGCUAACGCUGACGACGGCAAUGUACCUCCACCGUGGAGGGAACCCGCUCGGUCCUGCAGGAACGGGCAAAACCGAAACCGUCAAGGACUUGGGCAAGAACUUGGCCAAGUACGUGGUGGUGAUCAACUGCUCCGAUGGUCAGGACUACAAGUCCGUCGGGCGUAUUUUCUCAGGGUUGGUGCAGUCCGGAAGCUGGGGCUGUUUCGAUGAGUUUAACCGGAUCAAGAUUGAGGUUAUUUCAGUGGUGGCCGUGCAGGUGCUUUCGAUCCUCAACGCCCUCAGCGCGCACAAGGAUUCUCUCAUGUUCAUGGGGAACAUGAUCAAGUGCAACCCCAACUGUGGCAUCUUUAUCACCAUGAACCCCGGGUACGCCGGCCGCACGGAGCUACCGGAUAACCUCAAGGCGCUUAUGCGACCAGUGGCCAUGAUGACACCAGAUCUGGCGAUGAUCGCCGAGGUGAUGCUCGCGGCAGAAGGCUUCCGCGAGGCCCGCAUCUUAGCGAAGAAAACGGUCACUCUUUACAGCCUGAUGAUCCAGCAGCUCUCCAAACAGAAACGCAAAAACCUUGAGGAAAAGCCAUCAACUACCGCGCAGGACCACUAUGACUAUGGUUUGAGAAACCUGAAGGCGGUGUUGAACAUGGCCGGGGCAUUGAAGCGGGCGGACCCAAACAUGAACGAGGAAGCGAUUCUCAUGCGAGCUCUGAGGGACAUGAACCUUCCAAAGUUCAUCAAAGACGACGAGCGGCUGUUUCGACUACUGUUGGGAGACCUGUUCCCCUCGUUGGAACUCCCAGUACCGGAGUACGGCGCUCUUCAGGUUGCCGUGGAGAAGGAACUGACAAGCAAGGGGCUCCAGCAGCAUCCGUUCCUCAUCAUGAAGAUCAUUCAGCUAUCCGACUCCCAGCUCACCCGCCACUGCAACAUGCUCGUCGGCAGAACGAUGUCGGGCAAGUCGGUGGCGUGGAGAACGCUCAUGAACGCCAAGACUCAGAUGUGCAAGGACGGCGUCGAUGGGUAUCACCCGGUGCACCCGUUCGUGAUCAACCCUAAGUCUGUGACGCUCAGCGAGCUUUACGGUGCUUACGAUCUUUCGACGUUCGAGUGGGCAGAUGGCAUCCUCUCCACGCUAUUCAAGCAGUCAGCCGAGUCAGACAAACCGGACGAAAAGUGGAUCAUGUUUGACGGUCCUAUCGACGCCCUGUGGAUUGAGAGUAUGAACUCCGUCAUGGACGAUAACAAGAUUCUGACGCUCAUCAACGGAGAUCGUAUCCCACUCACCAACUCCAUGUCACUCCUCUUCGAGGUGGAAGAUCUAGCCGUGGCAUCUCCCGCCACGGUGUCUCGGGCUGGCAUGAUCUUCCUGGACGUAGAUGAGAUGGGAUGGCAGCCUUUCGUCAACUCCUGGCUUCAGCAGAGAUUCGAAGACGACACGGAGCACCUCAAGUUCCACCGUAAUCUAUUUUCGAAGUACGUGGAGGGGGUGCUGGCCUUCAAGGAGGUGAAUGUCUCUGAACCGGUACCGGUGGGCGACUUCAACGCCGUGCAGUCGCUGUGCACUCUGUACGACGCGUUCCGAGACAAUCCUGCCACCAGCGGCCUCGAGAAAGAUGCCGAGGGAUACCUCGGUCUAGCCGAGAAGUGGUUCGUGUUUUCGAUGGUCUGGUCCGUUAUGGCGGCGGCUGAUGAAGACGGGAGGGUGAAGCUGGACGCUUUCCUUCGGGACGUCGAGCCCCAAUUCCCGCCCAGCGCUACGGUCUACGACUAUUACGUCGACCCGAAGAAGCUGGACUGGGAGCCGUGGGAGCCGAAGGUACCCCCUUUCCGCUACCUGAAGACCAUGCCCUUCCACAAGAUGAUUGUGCCCACGGUGGACACGAUUCGGAAUUCAUUUGUCCUGGGCACGCUGUGGGGGGCGAAGAGGAACGCCCUGGUGGUGGGCUCGAGCGGCGCGGGCAAGACGGUCCUGGUGUUCUCGGAGCUGGCCAGGCUCCCCGAGACGCACUCGCAGCUCGUCAUGAACUUCUCCGCCACGACUGACUCGGGCACUACGCAGGCAACCAUUGAGCAAACGAUGGAGAAGCGGUCGAAGGAUAAGUUCGGUCCCCUGGGCGGCAAGCAGCUGGUCGUCUUCCUCGACGACUUCAACAUGCCCAUGCGGAUUUCGCACGAGUCGCCCUUCCAGCCACCGCUCGAGCUGCUUCGGUUCUGGAUGGACUACGGGGGGUGGUAUGACAGGGUCAAGUGCGCGUGGAGGUACAUCCUCGACACGCAACUAAUCUGCGCCAUGGCACCUCCGGGCGGUGCGAGGGCGGUUAUUUCGUCAAGAACUCAAAGCCGGUUUAAUGUUCUCAACCUCACUGUUCCGAACGAUUCCCAGGUUAUUCGAAUCUUCGAUUCGAUCUUGGCGCCCAAACUGGCCGACUUUGACGUGGAGAUCAAGCCCCUGGCUUCUCAUAUCGCACAGGCGACGCUACGGGUCUACCAAGCGUCCAUGGAAACGUUCUUGCCCACUCCGGUGAAGUCACACUACUUGUUCAACAUGCGCGACGUCGCCAAGGUCAUCGAAGGAGUGAUGCAGGCAUCGCCGACCACGGUGGACACGAAGGAGGCGGCGAUCCGACUUUGGGCACACGAGUGCCAGCGAGUGUUUUCGGACCGGUUUGUGCAAGACGCGGCGGAUGACCAGGGCCGUUUCCGCGAGGUGAUCAACGCUCAGCUCAAGGUCACAUUCUCGACCGAUUGGGGCGAGCAGUUUUCCUCCUGCGAGGACGAGACCAUUGGGUCCGUGUUCACCGCCUGCUUCGGGGAAGGCGGCGAUGAAGACAUCAGCUACGAGGAGCAACUGUCACUGUUAAAGCUGAGGCAAGUUCUGGAGGAGCGGCUAGAAGACUACAACAUGGAACCGAAGUUGGUGUCCAUGCAGCUGGUAUUGUUCAAGGACGCCGUUUGCCACCUGGCACGCAUUCACCGCGUCCUGAGCCUGAAGCGGGGAAACUUGAUGCUGGUCGGCGUGGGAGGAUCGGGGCGGCAGUCCCUCACUCGACUGGCUGCCUACAUCUGCGGGCAGGAGCUCUUCACCAUCGAGAUCACAAAGAAUUACCGCCAAGUUGAAUUCCGAGAGGACCUCAAGGUACUCUUCGAGAAGGCCGCUGUGGGCGGGAAACCGGUUACCUUCCUGUUCAAUGACAAUCAGAUCAAGGAGGAGUGCUUCCUGGAAGACGUGAACAACGUCCUCCAGUCGGGAGAGGUCCCGAACCUGUACGGGAAGGACGAGAUCCCGCAGGUGCUGGACGGGGUACGGAAGACCGCCAAGAAGGCUGGCGUCGACGAGACUACGGAGGCUCUCUGGGGCUUCUUUGUCGACAGGGUUCGGGAAAACCUUCACGUCGUGCUAGCGAUGUCGCCGAUCGGAGACAGCUUCCGCAACCGCACGCGAAUGUACCCCGGGCUGGUCAAUUGUACAACCAUCGACUGGUUCCAGCCUUGGCCUGCCGAUGCCCUAGUGGAGGUGGCCACGAAGUUCAUCCAAGACAUUCCGAUGGAGGAUGAAUCCCGGCGGGCGAAGGUCGCUUCUGUGUUUUCGUGCAUGCACACGUCAGUGGUGGUGGCCAGCGAACGCAUGCUGGUGGAGCUGAAACGCUACAACUACGUUACGCCAACCAACUUCCUAGAACUUGUCAAGGGAUACAAAGUGAUUCUGGCAGAAAGGCGUGGGACGCUGUCCGAGCAGCGCAACAAGCUCAGAAACGGGCUGACAAAGCUGGAGGAAGCACGAGAACAGGUGGAAACGAUGUCGGUGGAGCUAGAGGCAAAGAAGAUCACGGUGGCAACGGCACAGAAGGACUGCGAGGAACUGCUGGUGGAGAUUGUCUCAGAAAGGAGGGUGGCGGACGAGCAAAAGAAGCAGGUGGAACAAGAGUCAGAGAGAAUAGGGAAAGACGCGACGGAGUGCCAGGUUAUCGCGGACGACGCCCAGGCUGAUCUGGCGGUGGCCAUGCCGGCACUGGAACAGGCGAUGAUUGAAGUCGACAAACUCGACAAGACCGCCAUCACUGAGGUUAAGGCCUACUCAAAGCCGCCCCCUCUGGUGGAGACCGUGAUGGCCGCGGUAAUGACCAUGAUGGGGAGGGGCUCUGACUGGGCCACUGCCAAGAAGGCCCUUGGAGAAGGGAACUUCCUCACACAGAUCAAGACAUUUAACAAGGACAACGUCUCCAACGCGCUUAUGACCAAGGUGAAGAAGUACGUCAACAACCCCGACUUCUCCUUCGAGAACGUGGCGAAGGUUUCUUCUGCAGCUUCGGCGCUGUGCGUGUGGGUGCAUGCAAUCUACCUGUAUGCCAACGUCGCCAAGGACGUCGCACCGAAACGCGCACGCCUGAAAGAGGCUCAGGAGACCCUGGCUACCAAGCAGGCUGGGUUGAAGGCCGCGCAGGACCAGUUAGCAGAGGUCGUCGCCAAGGUUCAACUCCUCAAAGACCGCUACGACGAGUCGGUUGGUCAGAAGAACGCUCUGAUGGAGGAGUCACAGAUGCUACAGGACAAGCUGGAGCGUGCGGACAAGCUUGUGAGCGGCCUGGCGGGGGAAUUCGUCCGCUGGCAGGCGUCCAUCGGUACCUUCGAAGCCAUGAUCGAGCGAUUGAUAGGAGACUCGCUCAUCGCGGCGGCCUUCCUGUCGUAUGCCGGCACUUUCGACACAGUGUACAGGAACGGUUUAGUGUCCGGGUGGAUGAGAGAUGUCGAUACUCAGGAGCUGCCGUCGACGGAAGGAUUCAGCUUCACCGCUUUCCUGGCCAAACCUACGGAUGUCCGAGCGUGGAAUAUUCAGGGUCUCCCCAAGGACGAGUUCAGCACGGAAAACGGGGUGAUGGUGACGAGAGGUAGCCGGUGGCCGCUUAUGAUCGAUCCUCAAGGCCAGGCGAACAAAUGGAUUAAGGCUAUGGAGGGAAGCGAUCUCACUGUGGUGGAUCUCAACACCAAGGAUAUGCUUCGCCAAAUGGGCAACUGCAUCCAGUACGGACUGCCGUGUCUUCUUCAGGACGUCCUAGAGGAGCUGGACCCGUCGAUUGAACCGGUGCUGUCCAAGGCCAUCAUCAAGCAGGGCAACCGCGAGGUGGUGCGGCUCGGAGACAAAGAGCUGGACUGGUCGCACGACUUCCGUCUCUACAUCACCACGAAGCUCGGCAACCCGCACUACACACCAGAGGUGUCGACGAAAACCACGGUCGUGAACUUCAGCGUGAAACAGCUCGGUCUAGAAGCACAACUCCUCGGAAUCGUGGUGCAGAGGGAGCAACCCUCGCUCGAGGAGCAGUCUUCGGAGCUAACCGUAAAGGUGGCGACGGGCAAAAAGAAACUCGCGGAUCUGGAGGAUGAGAUCCUUCGCCUGCUGUCAGAAUCUACGGGAUCGCUGCUGGACGACAUGAACCUGGUCAACACUUUGCAGGACUCGAAGACGAUCUCGGAGGAAGUCACGCAGCAGCUUCAGAUCGCCGAAGAGACCGCGGUGAAGAUCGACGCUGCAAGGGAAGGCUACCGGUCGGCCGCCAUUCGCGCGAGCGUGGCUUACUUUGUCCUUGACGACCUUUCCAGGGUGGACCCGAUGUAUCAGUUUUCUCUUGAUGCAUACGUGGAUCUGUUCAAUGCCUCGAUCGAGUGCAGCAGGACGGGUGAGGAGGAUGGUGUCGCCGACCGCUGCGAUGUCAUCAACAAGCACCACACUCGAUCCGUCUACGAGUACACGUGCCGGGGGCUGUUCGAAAGGCAUAAGCUGCUCUUCUCUCUACAGCUGUGUUUCCGCAUCUUGGAGCAAGAGAAGAAGGUCCCCGCCGACGAGUUUAACUUCUUGCUCUACGGAGGCAUCGUUGUCGAAAGGUCAGGGCAACGGCCUAACCCGUGCAAAGAUUGGGUCGAUGAAACCGCGUGGGACAACAUCACGGAGCUCGACAACUUGGGCGCCUUCUCGGGUUUGGCGCUUUCCUUCGAGCAGUCUCCCCGAGAGUGGAAGGCGUGGUUCCUGUCGGCGAAGCCCGAGGAGUCCCCUCUACCGGGAGACUGGGAAAACAAGUGCUCCGACCUGCAGAGGCUGUGCGUCCUCCGCUCCCUUCGUGCCGAUCGCAUUCUCUUCUCGGCUGCGACCUACGUGUCCAACAAUCUCGGGCCCCAAUUCGCUGAUCCGCCGGCGUUCGAUCUGAAGACGGUGUUCAACGGAUCUACUCCCAAAACACCGCUGAUUUUCGUGCUUUCGCCGGGAGUGGACCCCACGGCUCAGGUCCAGUCCCUUUCGGUAGCUCAAGGGGUUAAGAUGUCCAACGUGGCCUUGGGUCAGGGGCAGGCUCCAGCUGCCAUCCGAAUGAUAGAGGACGGGGUUAGCUUCGGAAACUGGGUGUUCCUCGCAAACUGCCACCUGAUGCUGUCAUGGAUGCCUGAGCUAGAGAAGAUCGUGGAAGAUUUGUGUGUCGGAGAGCCGCACGAAGAUUUUCGGCUGUGGCUUUCUUCCGGACCACACCCCAAGUUCCCCAUCUCGAUUCUCCGGCGAGGGUUGAAGAUGACCACGGAGCCCCCGGCGGGUUUGAGGGCCAACGUGUCGACGCUGUAUAACAUCGUCAGUCCGGAACAAUUCAGCCGGUGCGGACAGACUUUCCGGUACCGGAAGCUGCUCUUUUCCCUUGCCUGGUUCCACGCCAUCCUCCUAGAGCGCCGCAAGUUUAAGAGCCUAGGCUUCAACGUGCCGUACGAGUUCAACGAGUCGGACUUCAGCAUCUGCCAUGAUCUUGUCAUCGUGUUCCUCGACGAGUACCCCGACAAGCCACCGUUCGACGCCAUGAGGUAUCUGAUCGCAGAGGCCAACUACGGGGGGAGGGUCACCGACGAGUGGGAUAGAAGGCUUGUGAACGUGUACAUGAACCAGUACUUCUGCCCCGCAGCCAUCGACGAGCCCAACUUCCUCCUGUCCGAACUGAAGGAGUACUACGUCCCCCCAGAUGGCGAUCUCCAAUCGUAUAAGGAGUUCAUCAAGAGGUUUCCCAAGACGGACCACCCUGCGGCGUUCGGGCAGCACGUCAACGCGGACAUCACCAGCCUCAUCGAAGACACCAACGCCCUGCUCGGGACUAUGGUUUCACUGGCACCGAAGGCUGUGUCUGCGGGGGGUGAGGCGAACGAAGAGAAAAUCAGCAAGCAGGCCGAUCUGCUCUCGGAACAAGUGCCCAAGGCCUUCAACAUCAAGGAAAUCAAGUCCAUCUUGGCAUCGCGCUCGGACCCUGACCCGAUGAAAACCGUCCUGCUGCAGGAGUCUGAGAGGUAUAAUUCGCUUCUGCACGGAGUAGCUCGGCAGCUGGCUGAUUUGAAAAAGGCCGUCAAGGGGCUGGUCGUUGUCACCCCAGAGCUGGAAGAUAUAUCCCAGGCGCUGCUGCAAGGAAAAGUGCCAACAUCGUGGUCAAAGUGCUACCCGUCCCUCAAGCCCUUGGGUGCUUGGAUGCGCGACCUCAUCCAACGGGCGGAGCACAUCAGGGACUGGGCUAUGGUCGCAAUGCCAAAAGUAUUCUGGUUGCCAUGCAUGACUUACCCCAGCGGUUUCCUGACCGCACUCUUGCAGACGAGCGCGAGAAAAAACGGUAUCGCAAUCGACACCCUGAGCUGGGAGUUUUCUGUGCUGGGGCAAGACACGUCGGCCCUCAGCAGUUACCCCAAGGAGGGCGCCUACUGCGAUGGGUUGUUCUUGGACGGGGCAAGGUGGAAUCGACAGGAGGGGUGCCUGGAGGAGCCCCCUCCGAUGGAGCUGUUCUACCAGAUGCCUGUCAUUCACUUCAAGCCCGUCGAAAGCAAGAAGAAGGCCCCCAAGGGCGUCUACGUGUGCCCCACCUACAUGUAUCCUUUGCGCACCGGUUCGCGAGAACGGCCUUCUUUCGUCAUUGCCGCGGAGCUCCGGGCGGGGAAGCACCCGUCGGAGUUCUGGACCAAGCGAGGUGUUGCCCUUCUCUUGUCUAUUGGCGUUUAGGGUGUCCAGGCACUUCUUCUUUCGGCAGUCCAUCGGUUGUUUCCGUUGGCGCGUUGGGUUUCUGGACCCCUCCACGGACACUAUUUUUGAGGUGUUUUUCAGGAGGAUGUUAGGAUGAAGAGUAUUGAGGUGCGGGUUCUUGAGAGGUCGACCCGUCUUAGGCUGGAGUUAGGUUCAUGCGGAUAGGCUCCCGCUGCUCAAGGGUUGUACGGAGUGUGUUUGCGGGUCGUCGAAAAGUCUAGGCAACCUUAUUGCGAGUUGCACGUCAGUAGCACUCGUCCGUGUUGCGUUUGGAUCGAUCUCACUUCUCGUCUUGCCACUAGACUGUCCUUGUGAAUAACGAAGUUUGUUUUGUUGAGGGAGUCGCACUCUCCAUCUCUUGAAGGCUCAGCACAUUUGGCGGAUAAUUUUUCCUUCCUUUUCAGCGUCACAACCUUGUUUCAACCGUUUUUGGGUGAAUGCUGUUACUUGGAGGGCUACUUGUGUCCAUUGUGGGGUCCAAACGUGGCCGCUGUUAGGAUGGAAUCGUGUAGGAUCGAAUGGGGUUCGGAAUUUGUUGUGCAUCUUUUGACAUGCUUUGAACCAAAUAGUGACUCAGACACGAAGAAAUGGCUCAUUCAAAGGCCUGCGACGAAGAACACUUUCCCUGUGAACAUAACACAUCGUGGAGUUUGGCAGCGCCACUCGUGUGGGUGAAGUUUCGGGCGCCUUGAGGUUUUGGUCUGAGUGAGUGGUAAAUGCUGCCAGAAUAGUGUUGGUGAAGCGAACAUUUUGUUGCAGUAGCGUAGCAGACCUGCUUCAAAAGGUGAUGUCAAUGUGGGCGUCAUCGACAUUAACAUGGCCUGGCGUAGCGUAGUGUAGCGUAUAUCGUGCUG